GCCCCUCACACUUCACACAUUGUUCUGUGUCCAGCUGUGCCUUGUUCUUCUGUGGGCUGAGAUGACGACAGAAAGUAGUGAGGGGGUGGAGAGAGAGAGAGAGAGUCAGAGCAGUAGGCUCAGUCUGUGUUAGCAUCUCACUGUGAUGCCAAUGUGUGAAGCUUGAGGUAUUGCGUCCUGUUAUACGGCCUAAAUAGAAAAUCCAUUUCCCAAGAUGCAGUGGUGCAGGUGGGCUGGCAGCUGGAAAUCACAACUUCCAAGACAGACGGCUGAGGCGGAGAUCGAGGACUCUUUUGACUUUCUUUUUAAAAUCAUCCUGGUUGGGGACUCGGAUGUUGGGAAGACCUGUGUGGUGCAAAGCUUUAAAUCUGGCAUCUUCAUUGAGAAGCAGCAAAACACCAUUGGUGUUGACUUUACUGUUCGUACCCUGGAAAUCGAUGGCAAGAAGGUGAAGAUGCAGGUGUGGGACACUGCAGGACAGGAGCGUUUCCGCACCAUAACUCAGAGCUACUACCGCAGUGCCCACGGAGCAAUGGUGGCCUACGACAUCACACGGCGCAGCACAUUUGAAUCGGUGUCCCACUGGAUCAGGGAAGUGGAGCUGUAUGGAGCUGCCAGCGUGGUGCUGAUACUCAUUGGUAAUAAAUCAGACCUCCAUGCCAAGAGGCAGGUGCUGUUCGAGGAUGCGUGCAAUCUGGCAGAAAACAGUGGUGUGUUGGCUGCUCUGGAAACCUCAGCCAAGGAGGCCCAGAACAUAGAGGCUGCCUUCAUCCUUAUGGCUCGGGAACUGAUGGCACGCAAUGGUAUGACCAUCAUAAAUGAGGGCUCUGAAAACUCUCCUGAGUUCAUGCUGAGUAACAGCUCUCACCCAGUCCCUAGUGCUGUGGCUUCAGAUAAAAAGUGUGGGUGCUGAGAAGGCUGAAGCAGGGAGUCAUUUGAAGAGUGGUGAUUGGUGGCCUGAAUCCUCAAUUUACCUGUGUCAGAAGUUUCUCAACCAGAGAAGGAAUUUUAUUUAAAAAGAAACUUUAUGUUGCAUCAUGUGUUUGAAUACUGGUUUUGUAUGUUUUGACUUUUAAUAUUUAACAUUUUGUAAUAUUAUUCUGAGGAUAAUGAAUGUGAUGACAAACCACACCUCUGCUGGAG